AUAAGCUUAAUUAUAACUUAUAUAAGCUACCUUAUGCUAAUAUUUAUUAUACUCUUGCCUAUCCUCUCCUAUAGUAACCAGGCAGUAUUAAUAUAUUAUAAAAAGACUAGCGCAGGCUUCUUUUUUAAUAUCCUUUUAAUUAUGCUUAUUAUAUCUCUCUUUAAGUGUAUUUACUUUCUUCCUUGCUUUUGCUUAUAG